AUGGAUCCAUGGAGCACGUCCACUAGCCACCAGAGCAAGGCAGCCUCGGACCUGUACCGGGUCCUGGCCGGGGCCAGCGCUGACAACGUGUUCCUCUCACCCUUUAGCAUCAGCACGGCGUUGUCGAUGGUGUUCGGCGGAGCGGACGGCAACACCGUUCUCCAGAUGCAGCAGGCUCUGGCGCUACCUGAGGACAGGAUGCUGCAGGAUCCGCCGGACGUCACACUGAACACGGCGAACAAGCUGUACGUGCAAAAUGCGUACAAGAUCUUGGACACCUACUCUGGUCUGCUGGAGAAGCAGUAUCUGAGCGAGCUGAAGAGUGUUGACUUCGGCGACGCCGCCGGUACAAGCAAGCUGAUCAAUGGUGAUGUAGAGGCACUGACAAAGGGAAAAAUCAAGAAUCUAAUCGAUUCAGGUGCUUUGAGCCGAGGUGUUCGUCUUGUACUUGUGAACGCCAUCUACUUUAAGGGCUCGUGGAAACAGAAAUUUGCGAUCGAAGCCACAAUGAAACGGGACUUUUUCAUCAGCCCGGGAAUCGCUGUCGGAACAGACAUGAUGCAUUUGGAUGAUGUGAGACUCAACUGUGCAAGCCUUACGGACAUUGCCUGCAAGGCCCUUGAGCUGCCUUACAAGGGAGAAAGGUUUAGCAUGCUUAUCCUUCUUCCCGACGAAAGGGAUGGCCUGGGGUCCCUGGAGGAGAAACUAUCGACCGCGUCGAUCCAGGCCAUCUGCGCCAAGCUUCACAAUCAGAUGACGAUGGUCGUGAUGCCGAAGUUCAAGCUCGAGACAACUUACGACCUCGUCGAUCAUCUGAAGAGACUUGGCAUCAUUGAUCUCUUCGAUGCAAACGCAGCCAACCUGUCUCGAAUUUCCGACACUAAGGACCUGUCCGUGUCCAGCGUGGUACACAGGGCGUUCAUCGAGGUCAACGAAGAUGGCAGCGAGGCCGCCGCUGCUACAGCUAUGGUCAUGGUGCAGUGUUCAGCGCCCGUGCACACAUACAAGUUUGAGUUUGUCGCCGACCAUCCGUUCUUCUUCGCCAUCAUCGACAGCAAGACUGGCCUGACGCUGUUCUCGGGCCGCUACAUCAAGCCCGAGUAG